CCGCUCGUGUCAGUUUGCAUCGACACGCGAAAACGGAAGGGUCACGCACAAGUUGGCCGCCCAAGCUGCUGUUGGGUGUCAGUGUCUUUGGUGCCGUGGCAGUUGAGUGUUGUAGUCUAUGUGCAUGGUGUAGGUAACUCGUAGGUGUGUCAAGUGGCAACCAUGCCAGCAGUUUAAAUUACGGAAAUUGUUUCUCUAAUCUGCGAAAGCAGCAAAACCCAUCCCGGUUGUGUUUAUCGGCAAAUAUUAUUGUUCAUCAAGCGGGAGGCGGCAUCUGUGCAUAAAGUAGGAAAUGAAUUCCUUACGUGUUUUGCUGCAGUUGUGACAAGUGUUCCAUUUCCCAGGAUCCUUACCCUUACUGUGCGCGACGAGAUUCUGCACCGUUCUCUACCCGUUGGUCGUUCUUGCUCGCUCGUUCUUUAUCGCCACUUGUCCCAUUUCGAUCGUGUCUCGUACGAGUUGCCAUGGCAGCAGCAUCCUGCCGGUGAAGCGAUGUGUGUAGUGGUAGUAGUAGUAGCAGUACGGUGCAACGGCUGUGCUGUGUGAGAGUGCCUUUCGCGCUGUUGUGUGCUGCUGCUAGAUAUUGCUCCACGAGACCGGCACCAUGUCCCUUCGGCCACUUCGCAGCGUCAUCGGUUCUUCCAUCGCCUGGCGGUUGCUGCUGGUGACGGUUCUGCUCUGUGGAUUACCCCCGCCAGUGACCGGCUACUUCGAUCUGUUUCUCAACCACUCGGAAGUGAUCAAACUGAUGGGCAUCGAGGCAGAUCUGUUUUACGUGCGGGACGGUGCGAUCAAUGACUACGCCAUGAGCUUCGUCGUGCCGAUGAAGCCCGGCAUAGACUUUUUGCGCUUUUCCUGGCAAAGCCGUACAACCUACCCGCUUCCUUACACGAUAUCGGUACACUACGAUGACAACGAGGGAGCGCUGCAGCAUCCCGAGCUGGACAUUCCGUCCAGCGGCAUCAUCCCGAUGACGGUCGAAAGCUUCACCGUGCAUCUCGUCUGCUGGGGCAACGUGACCAAGGAGGUGCCGGUUGGCAUCCAUCUGCACGUCGAGGGCCCGCCCAAGCAUAACGACACGAAGUUGAUUAUCAAGCGGAACAAAAUUUGCAUCAAAGGCAUGCAUCCGGCAAGGAAUCGUCUCCCGGCGGCUGAAAUAGCACCACAGCAAGGACCGGCUCUACUGGGAGCGGCUGCCUGUGCACUGGGGCUCGUGCUGGUCGUCGGACUCAUUGCCAGUGCAAUGUACGUGCGUGCCCGGAAGCAGAUUCGGCAGGACUCGCUACACACCAGCUUCACCACCGCGGCGUACGGCAGCCACCAGAAUGUGUUCAUCCGGCUGGAUCCCUUGGGACGGCCGCCCAGCGCGAACAGUGGUUCCUACGCAACGAUAGCGAGCCUCAACAAAUAUCCCAUCAGUGAGUCGAAAAAGUCGUGGUUUCGCAGCACCCCUUCACCGUCGCCGUACGCGACAGCGCUGCUGCCCCUCGGGCAGAACGGUACCGCCGGAACGGGGACGGAGUCGGUCUACGCCAAGCCGGAAUCGGUCUGUCCAUCCCGGGUGUCCUACUACGCUUCAUCCCAGCUAACUCAGGUCUACAGCCUAUCGACGCCAGCGCGAAGCAUCCACAGCAACGGCUCGAACCCGAAGGACAAGCUGCGACGGAUUGCCGUGUCCCCGGGUACCAUCCUCUGCCAGCAGCUCGUCCAGGAGGGCACGUACGGCCGGAUCUACAGCGGCAUCCUGCAUCAUCCGCUCGGUGAAACGCGUGACGUGCUGAUCAAAACCGUGGUCGACGGUGCCUCGCUAAGCCAGGUGGCUUAUCUGCUGUCGGAAGGAUCGACCCUGUGUGGCAUCUCCCAUCCCAACAUCCUGUUCCCGGUGGCGGCCGUCACCGAGCUGUCGGGGCCACCGAAAGUCGCCUACCCACUGGCGGCCAAAGGAAACCUCAAACUCUACCUGCAAAGCUGCCGGGAGAUCGGUAUUCAAAAUUCGCAGCUCAGCACCCGACAGCUGGUGGAGUUUGGGCUGCAAGUAGCCCGUGGCAUCUCGCACCUACACUCGCUCGGCGUACUGCACAAGGACAUCGCUACCCGGAACUGUGUCCUAGACGUCGAGCUGAACGUUCGUGUUUGUGAUAACGCCCUGUCCCGGGACGUCUUCCCGAGCGACUACCACUGCCUGGGGGACAACGAAAACCGGCCGAUCAAGUGGAUGGCGCUGGAAACGCUCGAGAAGAAGUUCUUCACCGCAUCGAGCGACAUCUGGAGCCUGGGGGUGCUGCUCUGGGAGCUAGCAACGCUAGCCGCGAUGCCGUUCGAGGAGGUGGACUGUUUCGAAUUAUCGGCUUACCUACGGGAUGGCUAUCGGUUAGCACAGCCCGUCAACUGUCCGGAUGAGUUCUACACGGUAAUGUCCUGUUGCUGGCUUGCGGACUACAAGCAGCGGCCAUCGUUCCCCCAGCUAAUUGCCUAUUUGCACGACUUUCAUGACGACCUGGGCAAGUACAUCUAGGGUGUGGCUGCUGCCCCAGGUUCCAGGGCUAGCCAGGUUUCGAUCAGCCCCCGAGCGUUCGAUUGAGACAAACAGGGAGCAGCGCAGUGGCACAAAACAAAUGGCCGCCCCCGAUGGUUCGUCCCGUUUUGGCUGGAGUCGUCCGUGAAAUUCCACAUCACGUCUGUGGCUGGUGCAUGCAUACGGAAGACACUUCAGCACAUCAGCGCGAUGUCCGCCGUGUCGCGAUGAGAAGAGUUUUACCACAUUGCCACACAGCACAGCAAUUGGCGAAACGUGACAAAAUGGUAGCCACCGAUCGAUUCGCAAAAAAAAGAAGCGCAACAUGUCGGUUGCAAACGCAGCUGCUGGGGGAAUACACAAAGAAGUGGCAUCGGAAUUGAUGCAAUAUGGAGGAGGCGAACUCGCGUACACUCAGGCCAACGCAGCACCAAGAGAAUGUUCCUCAAUUAAUGGUAAAAAUGGAAGGGUUAGACAAGAAAAAAACCGUCGCAAACCUUCGUCAGAAACUAGAACGUAUAACUAAAAACUCGAGUGAAAUGACGGUGGUGGUGGUGGUCGUGUAGCACAUGUUGCACCGGAAGCAACAUUGUCCAGUUAAAAAAGCACACACACGGAACGUACGUAGUUAGAGGUACGCUUGAGUGGAUCGAUCGUAUCUCGAUUGAGAAAUAGCAGUUAAGUUAACGUAACAAAAAAUCGUUAUAUAUGUCGUUAAAGAAAAAUAAAGUGGUGUAAAACGAUGAAAAUAGAAGCAGUGGAAAUGAAAAAAAAAACAAAAACAAACAAAACGAAGCGACUAUGAGAAUAUCCGAGAGAAUGAGUGAUAAAUCAAAACAAACGACGACAACACAAAUCAAAUAAAGUAAAGUGGAAGCAAAAUGGAAGUUUAAAAGCGGUAAAAUCAAAAUCGAAAAACUAAAAUAACAACAAACAGCAACAACAUCAAAACAGUGUAAAGAAGACAAAACAAACACAUAGAAAACAACAGUAAAAAGAC